GGUGCGUGCUCGCCUCCCGGCAGUUCGCCCCCCAUCACCGCCUCUGCCACCGCCCCCUCCUUGGAAACCAAGUUACCAACGUUUAAACCAAUCCCUGGGCGCAACUCUGCCACCCCCACACUCCACCCGCUGCGCUGCGCCGUCCUCCCAGCUCGGCUCUCCAUCACUCGCGCUCCCCUUGCCUCCUGCGUUCUCCCCUCCCCGGCAGCGGCGGCGAUGCCGGGGCCUUCGCCAGGGCUGCGCCAAGCGCUUCUCGGCCUCUGGGCGGCCCUGGGCCUGGGGAUCCUCGGCAUCUCAGGGGCGCUAAGAUUUCAGAGAGGGGGUCCCCAGGCUGAGCCCGCGUUUUCCCGGUCAGCGGUCGCGCUAGAACCUUUCUGGGCGGACCUUCAGCCCCGUGUGGCGCUCGUGGAGCGCGGGGGCUCUCUGUGGCUCAACUGCAGCACUAACUGUCCGCGGCCGGAGCGCGGUGGCCUGGAGACCUCGCUGCGCCGGAACGGGACCCAGAGGGGUCUUCGCUGGCUGGCUCGACAGCUGGUGGACAUCCGAGAGCCAGAGACCCAACCCGUCUGCUUCUUCCGCUGUGCGCGCCGCACACUACAAGCGCGUGGGCUCAUUCGAACUUUCCAGCGGCCGGAUCGGGUAGAGCUAGUGCCGCUGCCUCCUUGGCAGCCCGUGGGCGAGAACUUCACCUUGAGCUGCAGGGUUCCGGGAGCCGGACCCCGAGCGAGCCUCACGUUGACUCUGCUGCGGGGCGCCCAAGAGCUGACCCGCCGCAGUUUCGCGGGCGAGCCACCCCGAGCGCGCGGCGCGGUGCUCACCGCCACAGUCCUGGCGCGCAGGGAGGACCACGGGGUCAAUUUCUCAUGCCUCGCCGAGCUGGACCUGCGGCCACACGGCCUGGGACUCUUCGCAAACAGCUCCGCAGUCAGACAGCUCCGCACCUUUGCCCUGCCUCCAAUUCCCCCGAGCCUAGUUGCUCCCCGAUUCUUAGAAGUGGGCUCAGAAAGACCAGUGAGCUGCACUUUGGAUGGACUGUUUCCUGCCCCAGAAGCUGGGGUUUACCUCUCGCUGGGAGAUCAGAGGCUGCAUCCCGAUGUGACCCUCGAUGGCGACAACCUCGUGGCCACUGCCACAGCUACGCCAAGCGCAGAACAAGAAGGCAUCACACAGCUGAUGUGCAGCGUGACCCUCGGGGGCGAGAGCAGGGAGACCCAGGAAAAUCUGACUGUCUACAGCUUCCCUGCUCCACUUCUGACUUUGAGCGAGCCAGAAGCCCCGGAGGGGAAGGUGGUGACCAUAAGCUGCUGGGCUGGGACUCGAGCCCUUGUCACCUUGGAGGGAAUUUCUGCUGCGGUCCCGGGGCAACCCGCUGAGCUCCAGUUAAAUGCCACAGAGAACGACGACAAGCGGAGCUUCUUCUGUGACGCUGCCCUCGAAGUGGAUGGGGAGACCCUAAGAAAGAACCAGAGCACUGAGCUUCGUGUCCUGUAUUCACCCCGGCUGGAUGACUCGGAUUGUCCCAGGAGCUGGACAUGGCCCGAGGGUCCAGAGCAGACCCUCCACUGCGAAGCCCGUGGGAACCCAGAGCCCUCGGUGCACUGUGCGAGGGCUGAUGGUGGGGCCGUGCUGGCGCUCGGCCUGCUGGGCCCAGUGACUCGCGCCCUCGCAGGCACUUACCGCUGCACAGCGGUGAAUGGCCAAGGCCAGGCGGUCAAGGAUGUGACCCUGACUGUGGAGUAUGCCCCAGCGCUGGACAGUGUUGGCUGCCCAGAACAUAUCAUUUGGCUGGAGGGAACAGAGGCAUCGCUUAGCUGUGUGGCACACGGGGUCCCACCGCCUAGCGUGAGUUGUGUGCGCUCUGAGAACGAGGAAGUCAUGGAAGGGCCUCUGCGUGUGGCUCGGGAGCACGCCGGCAUUUACCGAUGCGAAGCCAUCAACACCAGAGGAUCAGCGGCCAAAAAUGUGGUUGUCACGGUAGAAUACGGUCCCAGUUUUGAGGAGCUCAGUUGCCCGAGCAACUGGACGUGGGUAGAAGGAUCUGGAAAGCUGUUUUCCUGUGUAGUUGAUGGGAAGCCAGAACCACGCGUGGAGUGCCUGGGCUCCGAGGGUGCUAGUGAAGGGGUGGUAUUACCCCUGGUGUCCUCAAACCCUGGUCCUAGAAACUCUAUGACCUCUAGUAACCUGUCACCGGGCAUCUACCUCUGCAACGCCACCAACCGGCACGGUUCCGCAGUCAAAACUGUCGUCGUGAGCGCGGAGUCGCCGCCACAGAUGGAUGAGUCCAGCUGCCCAAGUCAUCAGACUUGGCUGGAAGGAGCGGAGGCUACCUCGCUGACCUGCAGUGCCAAGGGCCGCCCCGCUCCUCGGGUGCGCUGCUCCAGGGAGGGUGCCGCCAGGCUGGAGAGGCUGCGUGUGUCCCGAGAGGAUGCGGGGACCUACCACUGUGUGGCCACCAACAUGCAUGGCACGGAUUCACGGACGGUCACCGUGGGUGUGGAAUACCGGCCUGUAGUGGCCGAGCUGGCGGCCUCGCCCCCAAGCGUGCGGCCUGGCGGUAACUUCACUCUGACCUGCCGUGCAGAGGCCUGGCCUCCAGCACAGAUCAGCUGGCGCACGCCCCCGGGGGCUCUCAACCUCGGCCUCUCCAGCAACAACAGCACGCUGAGCGUGGCAAGCGCCAUGGGCAGCCACGGCGGCGAGUAUGAGUGCGCAGCCACCAAUGCGCAUGGGCGCCACACGCGACGCAUCACUGUGCGCGUGGCCGGUCCGUGGCUGUGGGUCGCUGUGGGCGGUGCAGCAGGGGGCGCGGUGCUGCUGGCCGUGGGGGCCGGCCUGGCCUUCUACGUGCAAUCCACGGCCUGCAAGAAGGGCGAGUACAACGUCCAGGAGGCCGAGAGCUCUGGCGAGGCGGUUUGUCUCAAUGGCGCGGGUGGGACACCUGGAGCUGAAGGCGGAGCUGAGACUCCAGGCACUGCCGAGUCACCUGCAGAUGGCGAGGUCUUUGCCAUCCAGCUGACAGCCUCGUGAGCCCCUGGGGGGCCUCCCCAAGCACCAGGGCGGACGUAUGUAUUGUUUGCUCUCUUUAACUAUUUAUUCAACUCGAGGGGCAUCACCGCCAUUUUCUACCCAUUCCCCUCAAUAAAGUUUUUAUAAAUGAC